CAAACCUUCUUCAGCGAUCGGCCGCGGGAUCUUUCGAUGAUGAGAUUGAACACAAAACGUAAAAAGAGGACAAGCUCGUUCUGAGCUCAGCGCUUUCUCCCCGUUUAUUUCAAGCCUCACUGCGUCAUCAUUACCUCUCCUUUUCUCACGUGCUUGUUUGGUCGCGCCGCAACAGGGAGUUCUUUCCCCGCGAGUGACAUCAUACAGCUAUGACAAGCUCCCGUCGUCAUAACAUAAGUUACAAGAGCUUCCCUUGUCUCUCUUUCUGCUUUUGAAAAGCUCUCUCUAUUCUUUUCAAUUUCAUCAAUUGACUUUUUCUUUACCUCGCAACAUAAAAGAUCCUAACCAAACUCUACCACAACAAAACACCAGCAACCACAAUCAUGUCUUUCCUCACAGAGAACGUCAUCCGCCGUGUAGCCCUCGCACCUCGCGUCAUCGCCUUCCAGGCUCCUCGAACAUUCACCACGAGCUUUGCUUUGCAGCGAACUGCCACAGAUGCUGUCAAGGACACUGCCAAGAAGGUUGAUCGUGUUGUGAGCGACAAGAUUGUCGACGGCAUUGAGGCUGGCGAAAACGUUGCCGCGAAGGCCAAGGAUGUUGCCCAGGAUGUGACUGGUGGCAGCGCCACCGGAAAGGCCCAAGAGCUCCGAGGAGAAGCUGCUGGCAAGGCUCAGGAGCUCAAGGGUGAAGCCAAGGGCGCUGCUGAGCAGGCCAAGGGCAAGGUGAAGGGUGCGGCCGAAGAGGUCAAGGGCAAGCUGUAAGAAAAGCUUAAACUUGUCAUGAUUGAAAUGGGAUAUAAUGAAGUUCAGACCCCACGAUGGUCUGUUGUACGAUUAUAAGGCAUGCAUCAUACGACUGGGGGAGCCAAUUUCAUGCAUUAAGAAAUCAAUUAACACAUUCAUCUUCUGCUAAAC